AUGGCAGAUAAAGGAGGUGCCAUAGUGGUCAUGGACUAUUUAGCAUAUCAUAAUGAAGCUCUUCGACAGUUGUCGGAUACUAGCUAUUACAAACAGCUUAAGUUGGAUCCCACUUUACGUUUUAAGGCUGAAAUAGACAGGUUUUUGGAGGUGUCAGUUACUCAGGGGGUAAUUACGGAGAAGGUAGCUAAGGAAUUACAGGUGGAGGAACCUAUACAUCAGUACCUGUAUCUGCUACCUAAAAUCCAUAAGGAUCCAAAAAACCCCCCAGACAUUGAUGAGUGCAGUGCAAAUGUAAGUGUUUGUCCAAGCCACGCGAGUUGUGUCAACAAACCUGGCUCCUUCGAAUGUAACUGUAAUUCUGGCUAUGAGGGAGACAACUGUACAGAUAUAGACGAAUGUGGAUAUACAAACAAGUGCAAUGUUAAUGCGCUGUGCAGGAACACUGAUGGAUCCUAUGAAUGCACAUGUAGAACUGGAUACACAGGGAACGGAACUUACUGCACUGACAUUGAUGAAUGUGCUGCUGGAAAUCAUCUGUGUCCUUUAAGUUACCAAGACUGCGCCAAUUCCAUCGGAAGCUUCACUUGCUAUUGUAAAAGUGGAUACUAUUUGGAAAAUGACACAUGUAAAGAUAAAAAUGAAUGUGACUCUGAAACUGUUUGUGCAAAUAAAGGCGAAAUGUGUGUCAACCUGGAAGGGUCAUAUGAAUGUCAAUGCAGACACGGAUAUCAAAAGGCAAACAGCACUUGUGCAGAUGUGAAUGAAUGUAUUACUCCAGACCUAAACAACUGCUCGCUAACUACAGCAAUCUGUUCCAAUUAUGAUGGAUCAUAUAUGUGCCAAUGCAAAGCAGGGUACUCAGGAGAUGGUGUGAAUUGUACAGGUAUGUCAUGCCAUGCAAGAAAAAAUAACAAUAAAAAUGCUUAUAGUAGCUAUUGA